AUGUAUUUAAAAAAUCAAGACAACAGUGACACACAUUUAAGUAAAACUUUAUGCUGGCUACUUCGACAUGGUGCUGUGAAAGAAGGUCUUAUAAUAAAAUCAGACGGUUAUAUACCUGUUAAAGAUUUACUAAAUCACGAAGCUUUGAAAGGAAAAUACAGUUUAACAGAUGUUAAGAGAGUAGUGGAAAAUAACAGUAAACAAAGGUUCAACCAAAGGUAUGAAAGUGAUGCUUUAGAAAUUUGUGCUAAUCAAGGGCAUUCUCUAAGGGGAAUAGACAAUUUAGAAUUAAAACCAAUUACUGAAACGGAAAGCAUUACUGUAAUCCAUGGUACAUACUUGAAAAAUUGGAACAGUAUUAGAAAUACAGGCAUAAAUCGCAUGAAAAGGAACCACAUACAUUUUGCAACUGGUUUACCAAAUGAUAAUAAAGUUAUUAGUGGAAUAAGGCAAGACGCCGAGAUUGUGAUCUACAUAAACCUGCAAUUAGCCCUUCUAGAUGGUUUAAAAUUUUACAAAUCAACUAAUGGAGUUGUUUUGAGUCCUGGAAAUGAAAAUGGGACUAUUCUACCCAAAUAUUUCCUUAAAGUUUUAGAAAAAUCUGGAAAAAAAUUAGUCUAA